AUGUGGCUUGCAUACAUCCCGUCGAGCAACGUGUCUUCGCUUGCGAGCCUAGUCUCGACGCAAAAGUCGAAGUUCUACACCGGUGUCCCUGACCCGUACGCCACUCUGGCAUCGCACAUUGAUCCCGCAUUUUCCGUGGACACGGUCUCUGUCACUGCUGGCACAGGCAGCUCGAGUGGCAGUGGCUCUUCGGCAGCGAGCACCACCGGCGGGUCUUCUAACAACUCUCGGCAGGACGCGAUCAUCGGUGUCGUCAGCGCGCUUGGCGGAUUGACCUUGAUUAUACUCGCGGUGCUUGUCUACCGCGCGGUCAAGAAGCGCCGCGAACUCGCCCAUCGCCGCCUGUCGGACCCGAACAUCCCGAAUGACCCGUACCCCGACCGCGCUGGGCGUGACUUUGACCAGGACAGCAUUGGGGGACCGCGCAGGCGGAGCUUCUAUUUCGCGGAGGACAGUUUGCGGGGGACGUCGGUCCAACCGUCGGGAGUGCAGACGCAGCACCCUGCGAUGGGCGAGGUCGAGUACAGCUACAGGCACAGCCCGGAGAAUAUGAGAGAGAGGAGGCCGGUUAUGCCUGGCGCGAUCUCGGCUCCUAUUUUGCAGCAGAGUAGCAUGAAUUGGUGAGAACUUGGUGGGCGGUAGCGGCGAAGAAGAAAGGGUGAGAAAAGCUCUGAAAACCCCUAUAUCAUGGCAAAAGAUACCAUCUUUGUGUCCCCCUUCUCGACCUCCCCCUUUGCUCUGUUAUUUAUUUCGAACGCUCGCUGCGUGUUCAGGAUUUUGGCGAGGACCCGUCGACUUUUGCUCUGUCGCUGCGCUUUUUUCGGGUCUCGUGUUCUUCGUAUGCCUGUGUACUCUCUGAGCUCUAUGAUACACAUGCUUUGUUUUGCAGAUCGUCGUGCUGGGCCAGCGGCCUCCUUGUCUGCAUCCGUGCGCCGGGCUUGACCACGAAUUAUUCACCGUCGGACAGCACGGUCGCUGAUACCUUCUCUAGUCGACACUUCUCGUUUUCCGACACAACACGCUUACUUAUCGGUUAUGUAAGUAGAGUGCCUUUCUUCUCCCUGCCCGCGCGGUGGACGUUCUUGUCUGUGCAGUGUUGCUCCCUUCCCUUGUCCAUAUCCUAUCCCAAUCGGUACCCACAUUGAUGAUCGCUAUUUAACUUCUCGUACUUCGGUUUCGUUGCACUCGCAAUAUAAUGGGCUCGGUGUUGUGUUUACACGAUGUAUCGGUUUCUGUUUUGACCUUCCCUUCACUUUUUUUUCUUCUCUCGCGGACGUACACUUACUUACUUUGCGCCUGGUCGCCACCGGAUGGCGCGUACUUUUCGGAGUGAUUUCACGCUGGGCUACAUGAUCGGGCUAUCGGGACUGUGGGAAGUAGAUGUACGGACAUGGACUGCGCUCUGAUUUCAUUCCUUUUAUUCCGUCUUUCCUUUCCGUCCUCCUGUACAUAUUUCUGACGUUUUCUACUGAGUGGGGAACUACGGGAGUUACC